UCGCACUAUGCCACACACCGUUUCUCGAAUACUCAGGAUGGCCCAGAGUGGGCAUAUGUCAAGUCUGCCUGCAGGCAAGAACACCUCUUUGAGUAUCCCUCGAGUGAUGGUGAAGACAGCAGGAAAGCAGGAAGACUUUACGAUAGCGAAUGACACCUUGGUGAGGCGGUUUAAGGAGAAGCUCUCGGCUCACUAAUGCCAAACGGACCAACUAGUGCUGCUCUUCAUGGGCUGCCUUCUCAAAGACUGUGACACACUGAAGCAGAGGGGCAUCCUGGAUAGCCAGACCAUCCACUUGGUCAUCAAGUCCAAACAGAGCUCCAGAUCCCUAGCCCAUUCCGCCUGGAACCUGUCAGCCAACAAGCCCUGCCACCAGGACAGAAGCAGAAAAGGAAAAAGCAGUGAGGUACACCAACCUGCUGAUGUGAGUUACCCCCGAGGGGAAUCAGCUGUCUUCAUCAAGCCUGAUGUGCCCAAGGUGCAUACCCAGGGCCUGGAUGUAGGCAGUCCAGAGUGCAUGACACGGGUGCUGCAGAAUCCUAGCAUCCAGCAGCCAUUGUCCAACAUGGACCUCAUGAGACAGUUCAUCUUAGAACACCCAGACAUGCAAUAAUCGAUGCAGCAGAACCCAGAGGCCUCACACAUCCUUGACAAUUCUGAGAUCCUAUGGCAGACUCUGGAGCUGGCCAGGAACCUUGCCAUGAUUCAAGAGAUAAUGCAGAUCCAGCAACCUGUGCAGAAUCUUGGGCAGCCACUGAACCCACAGUCACACGUGGACGUGGAGACAGUCCCAGAUGGGGUCAGUGCCCUGGGUCAGAGCUAUGCUGAGUUCAAUGACCAAAUGCUCAACAGCGUACAAGAUCCCUUUGGGGGCAACCCUUUCACAGCUCUCCUGGAAGGACAAGUGCUGGAACAAGCCCAGUCCUCCCCAUCUCCACCAUCACUCCACGAACAGCAAGACCAUCUCCCACAGCUCCCUACAGCCCAAGUCAUCUAUUGUAGUUCUCAGGGUUUAUCCUCCAUCACCUCGGCCAGCACUGCCUCCAACAGGGUGAGCCAUACUUCCAGGGCCAGCAGUGCCACUAUCUCCACUGAGCGCUGUAGUCACACCUGUGCCAUUGAGGAGCCAGCUAGGGUACCAGCCUUACCUAGCAUAGAGCUUGGCCAGAAGCCCCAGGCAGAAUACAGGUGUACCAUCUUUCUAGAUAGCCCUGGCCAGAAAUGAGAGGAUGAUAUACAGCUGGCAGAUGAGCAGACCAGCUACCCCAUCACAGGAAGUACAAUCCAGUUUCUUUUAAACAAUCCCUACCUGGCAGACCAGAUGGUAUUGUUCAUGAGUGUGCCCCAGCUGAGGGAACAGGGGAGGCAGCAGCUGCCCACAUUCCUGCAGCAGACACUGCUUUCUGAAGUACUGAUGGCCCUUGCCAACCCAAAAGCUUUGCAGGCAAUACUGCAAAUGGAGCAGGGCCUGCACCUCUUGGUCACAGAGGCACCUGUUCUUCUGCCUUGGAUUGUACCCUGCCCAUGAGGCCUGGGUUGGCUUCCUGUGCCCAGCUG